AUGCCACCCCUGGACCCCUCCCAUGCUCAAGUCCCUUAUGCCACUUGCUUAUCCCAGGGGUAUGCAACCAUCCCAGGCGAGGCCGCCUUCAGGCAUGCCCAUGCUAGCACUGACAGCAAACCUCCUGCUCCAGGAAAUAACCAGAGAGAGGUGUUUGCCCCAGAGGAGUCCUACUCAUGGGGAGAUGAGAACAAUCCACAGCAGGACAAAUUGCCAGUCCUGCCCAUGUUGUGGGAACAAUGCUACCCUUUGCUGCAAGACAAGGACCAAGCUUGUACCGUGAUGUCCUUCUUUCCAUUGCUGGACCUCAAAUUCAAGCAGGAAGACCUCCCAGAGUGGAAUGGGGACAGAGAUACUGCUAUUCUGUACUUCCAACAGGUACAACAGCUCCUUACACAUGGGGGGGCCCUGGCCCAACAAAUCAUCCCCUACCUCCCCUCCUGCUUCUCUGGAUCUCUCCAAGAAUGGUGGAUGGCUGCCAAACCUGCUCAUACAAGUGCAGCAGUGGCAGAUUGGGAUGAGCUGAAGGUUUCCUCCUAG